UUUCUCGCGCCGGGACGAGCAGAAGGGGGACGCGGACAGGCGGCGGCGGCGGCGGCGGGGCAGCGACGGGGACGAGGAGGACUUUGCCGCCCCCGGGGCCCCCUUCCGACCUGAGAGCGACGCCUCGCUGGAGGAGCAGGAUGAGGAGCUUGACAGCAUAUUAUCCCCUCCAUCAAUGCCAUUUCGAAAAUCAAGCAAUCCUGAGGCGGCUUCUGGCUCUGGCAAAUCGUUGAAAUUUAAAAGGCAGGUUAGCGAAGAUGGAAGACCUUUUAGAAGAGGAAGCCUUGGAGGAGCUCUGACAGGCAGGUACUUGCUGCCAAAUGCUGCUACUCAACCAUCAUGGCAGACUGGAGAAACAUCCAAUCUUGUCCGAAUGCGCAGUCAAGCUCUUGGGCAGUCCGCUCCUUCUCUAACAGCUAGUUUGGAAGGGGCACCUCAGAAGAGUCAUUUCAGCUCAAGUCGGCAUCGCCAGAGGCUAGUGGAACCAGCAGCUACAAAAAAGGAGCUGAGCCUUCCAAGAAGAGGAAGUUUUUGCCGUACAAGUAACCGGAAAAGUUUGAUAUGCAAUGGACAGUCUCCAGCUAUGCCGCGACCCCAUUCACCUCUUUCAGCUCAUGCAGGGAGCAGUCCUCAAGACAGCCCAAGAAACUUCUCUCCUAGUGCCUCGGCCCACUUUUCUUUUGCACGAAGUCAUGGGCACCGAAAUGAGAGAACGGAUGGACGGCGUUGGUCUUUGGCAUCUCUCCCCUCCUCUGGCUAUGGCACAAAUACUCCAAGCUCAACAGUUUCAUCAUCAUGUUCCUCUCAAGAGAAGUUGCACCAGUUACCAUACCAGCCAACACCGGAUGAAUUACACUUUUUGUCUAAACAUUUCUGUGCCACUGAAAGCAUUGCCAGUGAUAGUAGAUGUAGGACCACCCAAAUGCGUCCACGAUCAAGAAGUCUCAGUCCUGGACGUUCUCCUGCCUGCUGUGACCAUGAAAUAAUUAUGAUGAACCAUGUAUACAAAGAGAGAUUCCCAAAGGCUACAGCUCAGAUGGAAGAACGACUUCAGGAGAUUAUUACCAACCAUUCUCCUGACAAUGUUCUCCCCUUGGCAGAUGGAGUUCUUAGUUUCACCCACUAUCAGAUCAUUGAACUGGCUCGUGACUGCUUGGACAAAUCUCAUCAGGGUCUCAUCACCUCACGAUAUUUCUUUGAAUUACAGCACAAAUUAGAUAAGCUACUGCAAGAGGCUCAAGAAAGAUCAGAGAGUGGAGAGCUGGCGUUUAUUAAGCAACUUGUUCGAAAGAUUCUUAUUGUCAUUGCUCGUCCUGCUCGUUUACUUGAAUGCUUGGAGUUUGAUCCUGAAGAAUUUUAUUACCUUUUGGAAGCUGCAGAAGGGCAUGCUAAAGAGGGCCAAGGCAUUAAAACUGACAUUCCUAGAUACAUUAUUAGCCAGCUGGGGUUAAAUAAGGAUCCUUUAGAAGAAAUAGCUCAGCUAGCUAACUAUGACAGUGGGGCAGCAGCAACUCCAGAAACGGAUGAAUCAAUUAGUAGUUCCAAUACAUCUCUUAAACUUCGGCGGAAGCCUCGUGAAAGCGAUUUUGAAACCAUUAAACUUAUUAGUAAUGGAGCAUAUGGCGCUGUUUAUUUCGUGCGGCAUAAAGAAACGAGACAGAGAUUUGCCAUGAAAAAGAUUAACAAGCAGAAUCUCAUUCUUCGAAACCAGAUCCAGCAAGCUUUUGUUGAGCGUGAUAUCCUGACAUUUGCAGAAAAUCCAUUUGUAGUCAGCAUGUAUUGUUCCUUUGAAACUAGGCGCCAUUUAUGCAUGGUCAUGGAGUAUGUGGAAGGCGGUGAUUGUGCUACUUUAAUGAAAAAUAUGGGUCCUCUGCCAGUAGACAUGUCCAGGAUGUACUUUGCAGAGACUGUUCUGGCUUUGGAGUAUCUUCACAAUUAUGGAAUAGUGCACAGGGAUUUGAAACCAGACAAUUUAUUGGUUACAUCCAUGGGACAUAUAAAACUAACAGAUUUUGGGCUAUCUAAAGUUGGCCUCAUGAGUAUGACAACCAAUCUUUAUGAAGGUCACAUUGAGAAGGAUGCUAGAGAAUUUCUGGAUAAACAGGUCUGUGGCACUCCAGAAUACAUAGCUCCUGAAGUCAUUCUAAGACAAGGUUAUGGCAAGCCAGUGGACUGGUGGUCCAUGGGAAUUAUCCUAUAUGAGUUUCUUGUUGGAUGUGUGCCAUUUUUUGGAGAUACACCAGAGGAACUGUUUGGACAAGUAAUCAGUGAUGAGAUCAACUGGCCAGAAAAGGAUGAAGCUCCGCCUCCAGACGCCCAGGAUCUGAUUGCAUUGCUUCUAAGGCAAAACCCCCUGGAGAGGUUGGGAACAGGUGGUGCAUAUGAAGUGAAACAACACCAGUUCUUCCAAAGCUUAGACUGGAAUAGUUUGCUGAGACAGAAAGCAGAAUUCAUUCCACAGCUGGAAUCUGAGGAUGACACAAGUUACUUUGACACUCGCUCUGAGAAGUACCACCAUAUGGAAACAGAAGAAGAAGAUGACACAAAUGAUGAAGACUUCAGUUUGGAGAUUAGGCAAUUUUCCUCAUGUUCACAUAGAUUUUCAAAAGUUUUUAGCAGUAUAGAUCGAAUAACUCGAAAUCAAACUGAAGACAAGGAAGAUACAACAGACAGAGUCAAAAAUGUGACACUAACAUCUGCAGAAUCUUUAAGCUGGAGUUCAGAAUAUUCUGAAAUGCAGCAGUUAUCUACAUCUGUCUCAUCUGAUACUGAAAGUUCUAGGCAAUGUCACAAUUCAGGAUUGCUUCCCAAAUUGGCCAUAUCUGCUGAAGGAGAUCAAGAUGAAUCCCCAUGUUCUGUCAGAUCCCGUAAAGAACAAGAGAAGGCUACCUUUGUUAACGAGGAAUCAAUUCAAGAUGAGGCGGAAGUAACAACUCCAGCAAGCACUAUCAGUAGCUCAACGUUGUCAGUUGGCAGCUUUUCAGAGCACUUGGAUCAGAUAAAUGGAAGAAGUGAGAGUGUGGACAGCACAGAUAAUUCCUCAAAGCCAUCCAGUGAAUUGGCAUCUCGUAUGGCUCGUCAGCGAUUAGACACUACAGAGAAAAAGAAAAUCUCCGGAAAAGUCACAAAGUCCCUCUCUGCCAGUGCUCUGUCCCUCAUGAUCCCAGGAGAUAUAUUUGGUGUGUCCCCUUUGGGAAGUCCCAUGUCCCCCCACUCCAUGUCUUCAGAUCCAUCCUCCUCCAGGGAUUCCUCUCCUAGCCGUGAUUCUUCAACUGCUUCUGCAAGUCCUCAGCAGCCAGUCAUAAUUCACACAUCUGGCAAGAAAUAUGGGUUCACUCUCCGAGCCAUCAGGGUGUACGUAGGUGACAGUGACAUCUACACAGUUCAACAUAUUGUUUUGAAUGUAGAAGAAGGAAGCCCAGCUUACCAAGCUGGACUGAAGGCUAAUGAUCUGAUUACUCAUAUCAAUGGAGAACCUAUACAUGGCCUCGUUCACACAGAAGUUAUAGAACUGUUGUUAAAGAGUGGAAAUAAAGUGUCAAUUACGACAACCCCCUUUGAGAAUACCUCGAUAAAAACAGGACCAGCCAGAAGAAAUAGCUAUAGGGGCCAAAUGGUUAGGCGCAGUAAAAAAACCAAAAAGAAGGAGAGUUUGGAAAGGAGGAGAUCUCUGUUUAAAAAGCUGGCCAAGCAAACCUCACCCCUUCUUCACACAAGUCGGAGUUUCUCCUGCCUGAAUCGAUCGCUCUCAUCAGGAGAGAGCUUGCCUGGCUCUCCAACUCACAGCUUGUCUCCCCGCUCACCAACACCAAGCCUUCGCUCCACCCCCGACUUUCCCUCAGGGACAAAUUCUUCUCAGAGCAGCUCCCCAAGCUCAAGUGCACCCAAUUCUCCUGCAGGUUCAGGACAUAUUAGACCCAGCACCCUUCAUGGUUUGGGUCCCAAGCUCGGGGGGCAAAGAUAUAGAUCAGGAAGACGUAAAUCAGCUGGUAGCAUCCCUCUCUCACCUCUGGCACGGACUCCUUCUCCAACACCUCAGCCAACAUCCCCUCAGCGGUCUCCAUCACCUUUACUGGGACACUCAAUUGGAACUGCAAAAAUCACUCAGGCCUUCCCUAGUAAAAUGCACUCCCCUCCAACUAUUGUCAGACAUAUAGUUCGGCCGAAAAGCGCAGAGCCCCCAAGGUCUCCAUUGCUCAAGAGAGUUCAGUCUGAAGAGAAACUUGCCCCUUCUUAUGGGACUGAUAAGAAACACUUAUGCUCACGCAAACACAGCCUGGAGGUCACUCAGGAAGAGGUUAACAGGGAGGUGUCUCCACGAGACGUAACCCUUCAGAGUCUAGAUGAAAACGCAUUAGAUGCCCCAUCUUUCACACGAGUAAGGCCUGCAGAGCAAGGCUGCCUGAAACGACCCGUUUCUAGAAAACUGGGCAGACAAGAGUCCGUUGAUGACCUGGACAGGGAAAAAUUAAAGGUCAAAAUAGUUGUAAAAAAGCAAGAUCCGGCAGAGAAACAAGAUUAUUUACAGAAAGCAAGCACUGUGCAUGAACCUUCUGGUGAAUCAGAAAGCCCUGUUACCUCAUGCCUGGAGGAGAAAGAAGGCAAAAAAACAUUUCAGAAAACUAUGGAAAGAUCAAAUCACUCUGAAGCUAAAUUCGCAGCUCCGGAGACACAGUUGGUAGGUGGCAUGCUAAAAGAUACUCUUCAAAAGAACGCAAACAUGAGAUCAAAUGAUUGCACUGCUUCAGAUGUGCACACACCAUGUCAUGGCCCCUCACUUAAUGAAUUCAGUCAUUUGUCAUAUGACUUCAAAAGAAUUUCCCCUCCAUGUACGUUACAAGAUGUACUGCCUCAAUCAUCUGACAAGAUGUUGAAUGGGAAGGGAGAAAAUGCAGAUAAAAUUGCACCAAUGAAAGAAUUUGUCAAAUGUGAAAGAUUAGAUAACAAGCUUGCAAAUAUUGAUUAUCUUCGGAAGAAAAUGUCCUUUGAAGAAAAGGAUGACAGCCCUUGUCCAGUGCUGAAGUCGAAAUUGACAUCAAAUAUACAUGAAUGCCAUCAACUCAAUGUAGUCAGACCGAUGAACAUACAGCAGGAUUCAAAUUUGUCAGCUGACAGCUGGUCAUAUAUCAGCAGUGCUCAUUCUGGUCAGAUUAGCUCUGUUUCUUUUGUUCCUCUCAAAGCCUUGAACAGCCGAGCAGACAGCGGCAUGGAAAAAUCUACCCUGAUUUCUACAGAGUCCCCAGUCCGGAAGAGUCCUUCAGAAUAUAAGCUGGAAGGGAGGUCUGCGUCUUGCUUGAAACCAAUUGAAGGAACAUUAGAUAUUGCUUUACUUUCAGGGCCACAGGCUUCCAAGGUAUCCUCAGACUUAUCGUCAGGUGCAUUUCCAGGAGACCAGGGUGCCAAAAAUGAAGCUGCGUGUUCCGUCACACCCAUGUGCCAAAGUGGCAGCAGUGUGAAGGUUGAGCCCAGCUAUCAGAAAGAGCAACCACCAACAUGCCAACAAUCCAGGUCUUACAAAUCUGACCUACUGGAGCUUCAGACUUCAAAGCCUAAUAAAAAUAUUCAGAACUCAUCAACAACGGCUGUGGCUGCAGAACAGCCAUCUAAAAAAAUGCCCUGCAACCUGAGCCUGAAAUGUGAUCCACCACUGAAGGUAGCUAACCAAAAGAAAGAGGUAACCCAGUUAACUGCAAGUGAAGCUAAAUCGAGCAGCCUGCAAGGCCAUGAUGCUGCUUUGACACCCUGCAAAUCUUCCAUAGCACAGGGCGCUUCUGAGAAAGCUAAACGAAAAGAGAAGAAAGCCUCAAAAGAAGUGGCUGACAGCCAAAUGAGGGCCCAAAGGAGUGAUGUCCUGCAACAAGAGAAGCCGGAGGUUACUGAGGAUCCAUCAACAAAAAGGCCUGGUACAGAAGCACUGCCAAGUCAAGACCCUAAACACAUCCAGAGAUGUUCCUUUGAGUCAGCUGCUCCUCUGCAAACACAAGGAACAGCAAAAGCGCAGGCAGUCAGCUCAAAAGCAAAGCCCAAAGAUGUGCUCAAGCUACAUGCGAAAGAGGAUAAUGCCGCCACGAAACAGUCUUUAGGAAAUGAGUUGGGCAUGCAGAAAACGAGUGCACAUUUACGGUCAGAAACCUCACUUCCCCCAAAGUCGUUACAAACAUCAACAGAUACAAAUUCAGCUAAAAUGGAAAAAGUGCUGGUUGGUAUGCAGAAGGGCACCCCUCGAGAACCAGGGACGAAAGAGCAGAAGCAGUCCAAAAAUACACAGCCCCCGGCUAUGUCACCAGCUGGUGACAAAGAACCCAGUAUUACUUCAAAGCAACAAGGUAGCAGUUCUAACGUUCCUGCUGUAAAGGACUCUAUCAACAGGCCAUCUGUGGUCCCUGUGUGUUACACUAACCAAGAUAAUCUCAGAUCUGCAUCAUGUGUGGAAAACAGCGCUGUUAAAUCCAGACACGUUCCCGAUGCCUGUUCCUCUAAAUCAAAGCAUUCGGACAAAUUGACACCGACACAAAAGCAAACAGCUGCAAACGUGAAAGAGAAAGAAACUGGUGUUCAGGUCUUGGCAGGUUCUCGGAAGGAGGAGAAAAACAUCAGUAAAACUGCACUGGAUUCCUUUUCAUGCCCUUCAAACUCUCAAAGAAAGCUAAAUAAUGAGCAUAUCCAGGUAGAAAGGCAUUUAGUCAUAGAAUGUAGGUCAGAGCCCUCAAUCCUAAUCAAUAGCUCCAUGCCUGAAAAACAGCUCAAAUCCUCCAGUAAUAGCCAUGCAGUGGCAGCAGCCCCCGAGAACACUAAGCGUUUUCAAAGGCAAGAAAUGGCAAGCUUAAGUGACCCUCUUGAUCAAAAGCCGCUCCAUGCGCGGGGCAAGCAAACUCUGCCUCCGAAGGUAGCUGUUGUGAAAGAUUGUCCUGUGCCAAGCAAACACGGGGACAAGGGCCCAAGCCAUCCGGGUUCCUUUGCAGAAAAGCAGCCUGAAGGGAAAAAAUGCACAGAUGCACUUUAUUUUCAGAAUGACUGUGGGAAAAUGGAUCUUUCGUUUGCUGGUUGUGAUACCAGAGGGAAGGCUGCGGAAAAGGCAGUCCCAGGUAGCAAGAGUUCCCAAGAUGUUAAAGGGAAAGGACACACAAAUCAAAAACAGUUGGCCGAAGGAAGCAAGCAGCAUGCUGCAAAACAUUCCCCCGCGACUGCUUUGCAAAGUUCAUGUCGCACAGUUACCACAGUUACAAAACAGCUCGACUGCCCAUCCAACUUCCCCGAAUGUAGACAGGAAGCUCUUGUUGUGCCUGUAGCAAAGGCUAAGCCGGGGUCAUCAGAACCAGUUGCAGUGAGCUGCAGGGAAAUAAAACAAGCCAGCUCUUCCUCAGCAGAGGGAAGACCAGAAAUGACUAAGAGUAUUUCAGUGUUGGGGUUACACUCUGUGGCUUCACCUGCGGAAGAACAUGUUCCCCCUUCAAACUUGGAGGGGAAACCCAGAAGCCAAGAGAGACCCCAGUCUGCUAACACUAUUGUGGACAUAAAAGGAAGAGAUCCCGUUCUGCCUCAGUCUUCUGCUGCAAGAAAACAGAAUGUAGGUAAAGAUUUGCCAAAGUCAGGGACCCCGGCUGACUCUUUCAAUGCACUUUCAUCCGACAAAGACUGUGUCCGGCAAAGGCGAGGAAAAGAUGCUUCGCGGAAUAGUCCUCACAAAAAGCCCUCCUAAUAACUGAAGUUGCAAAUAGGACUUCGUAGAGUCUUGUCUUACUUUCAGAAAUCAGCACUGUGUAGUAUUUUCUUGCAGAAAAACUGUCAGCGCCACUUAAGCAGGGUGUGUAAAGAGAAGACUCUCCUCCCCCCCCCCCGGUCCCCCCCUAAAUGCCUUCCCAAAAUAUAACCGGUCAAACUGUUACCAUAUUGUGUUUUUACAAAAAUACUUUUACAAUUUGCAAGAUGUGUUUGGAGGUGGGGGGUGGGAGGUGGGUGGGAUUGCCUGUAAAUACUUUGGUAGUGUGUAUCGUUUUGAAUGUAGCGUAUCCAUUUUGCUGCUGAUUGCAUUGGUUGCUCUAUCUUUUCGAUGAUUGUUGCUUUGCCACUGAUUUGACAUAAUCUGGGAAGAAGCAGACUUACUGAAACUUCGGACCUAGGCUGAGCUGAUGUAUUUACUGGUUUCGUGAGGGGGCAGGGUAGAGGUCCCCUGGGGUGGGAGGGCCACAUUUGUAGCUAUUUAAAGUUCUACAGAUAAGAUUACGAUUAAGAAAUAAUAGUGGUUUAUUGUGAAUUGUUAUGUGUAUUUUAAGAGGUAGGGGUUGACGCUGUUGCUAGGAGCCAUUUGCACCUGAAGUUUGAAUCAGAGAUCACAGUGCAGGUCUUCAAUGUCUAGCAUCUGCCUCUUGGUUAAGAUCUACUUGGUGAAGGGAAGUGUCUCCACGAUCUUUCUCAUACCAUCCAGUUCACACCAUGGUUUUCUGCUAAUAUGGAGUCUCCCUGUAUAGCUGUAUCCAGCUCUUUAUUCUAGGCUGGAAUUAUAGACUCCUUGUGAAUUCAGUUUCUGCUGUCUUGGUUCAAAUCAUACUAAUUCACCUUCAGGCCGUUGUGUGGUAUAAAGUACAUGCAGAAGCACAUGGCAAAAAACUGCUAAGCCAUCAAGGACAUUAAUGACUUCAACUUUGCUUCAUUAUCACCAUAGGUAAAUUUAAGCAUUUAGUGAUCCAGCUUUCUUUUCUGUUUUAUGACAAAAGUUGUGAAGUGGCGGGAGGGUAUUUUUCAGCCUCAUAUCUAGAUAAAAUAUCCAUAUCAGAUAACAUUUUAAAACCUAGCUUGGGGGCCUUAUGUUGUAGAUAAGCUUGCUGUUUUUAGCAAGUCAUCUGAGGUUUCACAUUCUUUUUGAAGUACAUUCGGUAGCUCUAUACAUUUCAUAUUGUGAACUUUAUUUGUAUGAAAAAGAAAUGUUGUAAUUUUUUAAUGACAAAAGGCAUUUUUUGUAACAGGGGGAUGUGUUGGAGCUAUUUGGUGCUAGAAUGUGAGUGUCUUAAAAAAGAUUUUUUUUUUUGCUAAACCUUAUUUGAAUUUUUUUGUAUUACAGAAUAUGUUGAAUUUGUCUGAUUUUUUUUUUUGGACCAAAUGUACUUGGUUUGGUUUUUAGAAUGCAGCAUUCCAGAAAGAGAAUUAGAGUUCAGUGCCUGGGAUCCAGAAAAUAAUCUCCUCCCCCCGCCCCUUGCUGUAUUUUCUCCCAAAAGCUCAUUUAAUUCUGACCCUUCUACAGGGCAUUUCCCUCUUUUCUCUAAAGAUAGUCAUCCAAGCAUAGCCCAAUUAUUAACUUGGCUGUAUGUUAGCACAUAGAAAUGUGCUAAAUGCGUUUCUGUGAGUGUAAGGAUGAUCUAGUUGGGAUUUUGUUCAUUUUUAGGAAUCUUUGCUAAGAAAAUUAAAUGACUAGCAAGUCUGCAAUUUUCCAUUCCAUGAUUAGUAGUUUCAUUUUCCUUCAAUUCACUCUUGAAUGAUUAAAACCAACUGGAGUCUUGAAGAGGGUGGUCUGGCUGCGACUUGGUGACAGCUGAGACAAAAGCCAUUUCCUUGGGGACUGUACACUCAACCAGAGCUUGUUUAAAUUGGGUUGCUACUUAUGCAAAGCACUUGGGCAUGGUGCACUGCUCCUUUGCACAGGUGGAAGCCCAGUUUAGAUCAAACACUGUGUAAGUACCAAGUCCCACAAGUGAAUUCUUUUGCUUCAGUAUCACAUUUAAAUUAGGUAGAAAUGGUGGCGAACCUUUGGCACUCCAAAUGUUAUGGACUACAAUUCCCAUCAGCCCCUGCCAGCAUUGGCCAUGCUGGCAGGGGCUGAUGGGAAUUGUAGUCCAUAACAUCUGGAGUGCCAAAGGUUCGCCACCAGGGAAACCAAACACUAAUGUUCUCCAUAAUCAUGACAUUUCUGUCUGGGAAGUAUUGUAUAGUUUACAGCUCUUUGUUUUACGGAAAAAACCCUUAUUUGUUUCCUUUGAAGCACAUCUAGCUAUCUUGUUUACAAAUGUCUCUUAUGUAUGUAUAUUUUGUAUAGUGCUUUAUAAUUUCUGCCAAAUAUUUUUUCCUAUUUUGAAAGUAUAUUCAGUAGCACCUGAAUCUGUAUAUUAAGUAGCCACCUGAGCUUGUAGUUCGUUUGUUGAUGUUUACCUUACAGUGAACUGUUAGAGAUCCUUCUAUGUGUGUACUCAACUCUUUUGUCUAUCUUUGUGAUUGUAUAUUAAGAUGUUCCCUUUGUAGUACUUCCUACUGUAGAUUACCAAAUUAUUAAAAAAAAUAGGAUCUGUGCAAUAAAGUGUUUGCAUUCUUAUUUUUUCUUUUAAUAAGUCCCCUAAAAGAUGUCAAGUAAUAAUUGGAUACUGGAGCAAAUAUUUAUAUUUAUGCAGUUUGAGGAAUGUUAGAAAUAAAGGUGAUGAAUGAA